AUCUUUGAUCUCUCUAUUACUAGAGUUUUCUCUGUGUGUGGUGUUAUGGAUUCCUCUGGCAAGUUCAGAUCUCGCAUACCACGUCAAGAUCAGUUUAUUCCGAGAAAGAAAUCUUCGGAGAACUUGGACAGAUUCAUUCCGAAUCGCGCGGCUUUGGAUCUUGAUUAUGCGCAUUACAUGUUAUUGGGAGGGAAGAAGGGCAAGGAGAAUUCGACGACAAGUCCUUCUGCAUCAAGUGAGGCCUAUCAAAAGAGGCUCACCGAGGCUUUCAAUAUGAACCGGACCCGAAUCUUGACAUUCAAGAAUAAGCCCCCAAUUCCAGUGGAACCAAUUCCCUAUUCUAUGUUUUCUCCACUUAAGGAACAGUCCAAGCCAAACAAGCCCCAACGAGUCAUUCCUCAGAGCUCUGAGAGGACAUUGGAUGCUCCGGACAUCAUUGAUGAUUUUUACUUGAAUCUGCUAGAUUGGGGCAGUAAUAAUGUGCUUGCCAUUGCACUAGAAAACACAGUCUUCCUCUGGAAUGCUUCGGAUGGCACGACCUCGGAGCUCGUCACAUUGGAUGAAGAAGACGGUCCAGUAACUAGCGUGAGCUGGGCUGUUGAUGGACGGCAUAUUGCUGUAGGAUUGAACAAUUCCCAUGUUCAGCUUUGGGAUUGUGUUUCCAGCAGACAGCUUAGAACAUUGAGAGGCGGCCACCGGGCGAGAGUAGGAGCAUUGGCCUGGAACAGUCACAUUCUCACAACAGGAGGAAGUGAAGGCAGAAUCAUUAAUAAUGAUGUGAGGGUAAGAUCACACAUUGUGGAAACUUACCGGGGUCACCAAUUGGAGGUUUGUGGACUGAAAUGGUCGGCUUCAGGUCAACAAUUAGCUAGUGGAGGAAACGACAAUCUUGUCUUCAUAUGGGACAGGUCCACAGCCUCCUCGAAUUCGCCAAUGCAGUGGCUUCACAGGCUCGAGGACCACAACGCUGCGGUGAGGGCCCUGGCUUGGUGCCCAUUUCAGGGGAAUUUGCUGGCUUCUGGUGGAGGUGGGGGUGAUCAGUGCAUAAAGUUCUGGAACACAAAUACUGGGAUGUGCUUGAACUCGGUUAAUACCGGAUCACAAGUGUGUGCCUUGCAAUGGAACAAGCUCGAGCGGGAGUUGCUUAGUUCCCAUGGUUUCGAUCAAAAUCAGCUUAUCCUUUGGAAGUACCCUUCUAUGGUGAAGAUGGCUGAGCUUAGUGGACACACAUCAAGAGUCCUCUUCAUGGCUCAGAGCCCGGAUGGAAGAACCGUGGUGUCGGCUGCCGGGGAUGAGACAUUGCGAUUUUGGAAUGUGUUUGGGACGACAGAAGCUGCUAAACGACCAGAAACAGAAAGUCCUGAGCCAUUUGCUCAUUUGAGCCGCAUCCGCUGAGUUAAAGUUGGACAAUAUGAAGCUGAAGUACUUUUUCAUUAACCUUACCUCUUGCUAGAUCUUUUACACUGCUUACUGUGAGUGUAUAGUUUCUCAGUCGUUAUAAGACCAGUAACCCA